AUGGCAGCAGCCAUGGAUUCAAUCAGUUGUUCAAUAUGUUUGGAUCUACUGAAGGAUCCGGUGACUAUUCCCUGUGGACACAGCUACUGUAUGGGCUGUAUUAAGGACUGCUGGGAUCAGGAUGAUCUGAAGGGUGUCUAUAGCUGCCCUCAGUGCAGACAGACCUUCACCCCAAGGCCUGUUCUGAAGAAAAGCACCAUGCUAGCAGAAUUGGUGGAGAAUCUGAAGAAGACAGGACUCCAAGCUGGUACCCCUGCUCACCAUUAUGCUGGACCUGAAGAUGUAGCGUGUGAUGUCUGCACUGGGAGAAAACUCAAAGCUGUCAAGUCCUGUCUGGUGUGUCUGGCCUCUUACUGUGAGACUCACCUCCAGCCUCACUAUGAAUCUCCUACCUUUAAGAAGCACAAGCUGGUCAAAGCCUCCACACAACUAGAGGAGAAGAUCUGCUCUCAUCAUGACAAACUGGUGGAGAUUUACUGCCGUACUGAUCAGCAGUUUAUCUGUUAUCUGUGUACAAUGGAUGAACAUAAAGACCAUUAUACUGUCUCAGCUGAAUCAGAAAGGACUGAGAGACAGGUAAGGACAACAACUCUGUAA